AUGUCUGAUGAGAGGAGAAAAGCCCUGGUGGGGCUGCCCACGUAUCUGCGUCAGUCCGCAGAUACCGUGCUGACAAAGGACCAGCCAGCCCAUAUUGGACACCCCCAGAGCCCACGUUCUCGCCCGUCUAACGAAUCUCUCUCUCCUCCCACUCAUCAUUUAACCCCAAACGCAUCGGCCUAUCCAGUGGUUCCCCCUUUCAGGCUUGCAUCUGAGCGCCUGUCAUUGCAGCAGGACCCGGUCCAAGACAAGGACAAAGCGUCUCUCAAGCGAAAGAGACCUCCUGAGCCAGCUCCAACAACCUCCUCAGAGCCCCCGAUUGAAGACAAGGACAACGAAUCUCUCAAGCGGAAGAGAUCUCAUGAGCCAGCUCCAGCCUCCUCAAAGCCUGAAACCCCUGGGCCUGCAAAGAUUUGCAGGUUCCAGGGUGUUAUUGAGCACAGGAGGUGGGAGGAGGCCAUGGAUUUCGCUGCGGAUAUGGGAGAUUGUGAGCUUAGCACUGAUAAAGUUCACCGGCACAUCUUUUGGACCGAUGGGUCAAUCGUCCAAGGUGCCUGUGCUGCUGCAGCGGUAGUUUGGAAACAGCCACCGUCGUCUAAGUGGAUGACAGAAGGCCAUCCCUACCCCUACCUUACCCAGAACACUGAGGUUGUCGAGAUGUUUGCAAUCGCUCAUGCUUUGAGGCGUGCAGUUGAUGAAGUUAGGCAGGCAAGAAGCCGAGUCACGGGAGGGCCUCACUUGCAAGUUACUCAUGAGGUGUUUGUUUUCACAGAUUCACUGGGUGCGCUGAACAGUAUUAAAGAAGAUGCUUGGGGGUUUCACACCCUAGGGAAGUGUGAACAGGCCCACACUAUCAUCGAUUACAGCAUUGAGCUCCGUAGUCUUGGAGCUAGACUGGAGCUACAUCUGGUGCCGGGACACAGCAACGUGCCGGGCAACAUGGAGGCACAUCGAGCUGCCAAAAAAGCCGCUCAUCAUACCGCAGAUCAAGCCGGAAUAACCUCAAACGAGGAGGGAUUCGCUUUGCACAAGAAACAAGGCAGUGUUGCAAUCAUUGUUCUCUCCGCACCCCUUUUGGUCCCAGCCUCGCCAGUCCCCGCUCGUUGCUCUAAGGGUUCUCGGGGUCGUGCUCUCCGCAAGUAUCGUGAUCUCCUCGCGCAACCAAUCAGAAAUUUAACUCCUCUCAACGCUGGUUCGACCUUGGCGACAGGAGACCAAGACAAGACACAAAUAGCUCGGGUCAUUACACCAGCCCUGAGCUCCCUCCACUGGUUCACACCGAUCAAAGCCAGACAGACCCCCUCGACCGUGGAUUCGCCCCAGUCCCAAUCUGUUGGCGAACAGGAACCCGUGUUGAAGAAACGGAAAAUAGAGACUGCUGCUGCUGAGUCUCUCUCCUUGCCUGGCCCUCGGCCCUUCGGUCCAGGGUUAUUCACCUCUAAUGCAAGCUCUCGGCGCCUGGGUAUCGAUAAUGCAAGAAGUUUCUUCAAGGCUGGAAGAUUAUCAUACCCUCCUGCGAAAGAUGUGUCAGCAGCCAUCCUCAAUACCCCCCAGUCGAUUAUCACCACGUCAAAGAUGAGGUCUUUCGCCUCUCCCGAGGAACCCAGAGAUGGGCUGAGCUUGGCUACAAUCUCAUCGAUUGAUGACGUGAAACCAAACGCCCGUCAAAGUGUGACUCUUCCAUCGCGUCCUCUAUGGAAUCCCGAUGUGUGCCCAACACCUACUUCGGUGUUUAUGGCUUCACAAAUGAAGUCAUUUGCUUCCCCCGAAGUACCAAAAGAUGGGCUUACAUUGGCACCUAACUCAUGGUUCCAUGAGGGCAAGAUGAAGCAGAUUGGAGAGCUCCCGGUCAGCCCAUCAAUUCGCGAUGUGCCGAAGACCCCUGCGUUCUUCGUUACAACGUCGAAAUUGAGAUCAUUCGCUUCUCCCGGGGAACCCCAAGAUGGGCCAACCCUGGCACCCAUCCCACCAUCUUUUGAUGGUGAGCUGCAGGAUUGUGGAGCGAAAGAGAGUUCGGAGCAUGAUCGACCAGAAGAUCUGGCCCGAAAGAAAUGA